AUGGCGAGAUCACGAGACACCAGGCUCAGGCUCAGGCUCACGCUCCUCCUCGUCACCCUUCUUCUGCUAGUAGACAUGGCAAGCGUCAGCCAUGGCCGACGGACACCGGACGUGGAUGCCAUGGCCCUCGUCGGUGGCGGUCCACCACCGGCGAAGGCCUACUCCUCCGAGCAGUCGUCUUCGUCGACUUCAAGGGAGCAUACGGCUCGUGUUUAUCGGCGCAUGCACAGGGUGUCCAAGAGACUAGAAUAUGAUCAGACUCGUGAUGUGUAUGAUAAGAAUAGUGCAAUGAUGAUCGAUGAGUUAGGCAGUACAAUCCAAGCAGGACACAGAACUGAUGGAAAGAUUGCCAUGUCAUUCAAGUACAUGAUGUUGGAUUGUGGAUAA